CGCGGCGUGAGGCGUGACCCCUCCCUUCCCGGAAGCGCGGCGGCAGCGGCGGCAGGAGCGGCGGCAGCGGGGCCGGACGGGAGCCGCGAGGUGCCGAGCGUGAGGGAGGGGCGGGCAGCGGGUCUCGGCGCGGGCAGCGAUGUGGCUCCGCCACCGCCCGGCCUCGCCGCUUCCGCCUCCCGCCGGGCGCCGGUGACCGUCACACCUUCCUCCGCCCCGGCAGUAUGAGCCCCGCCGCGCCGCCCAGCCAGCGCCGCGCUCCGGAGAAUUACUGAAGUUUGAAUUGCUAUCUUGAUACUAUAAACCUGCAAUAAGUGGCAAUGUCAAGGGUUCCUACCCCACCUCCUCCUGGGGAGAUGUCCAGUGGACCUGUGGCUGAAAGCUGGUGUUACACACAGGUUAAAGUAGUAAAAUUUUCCUACAUGUGGACCAUUAAUAACUUCAGUUUUUGUCGAGAAGAAAUGGGUGAAGUUUUAAAGAGCUCUACCUUUUCAUCAGGGCCAAAUGACAAAAUGAAGUGGUGCCUGAGAGUGAAUCCAAAGGGAUUAGAUGAUGAAAGUAAAGAUUACCUGUCACUAUAUUUGCUUUUAGUCAGUUGUCCAAAAAGUGAAGUCAGAGCAAAAUUCAAAUUUUCCCUGCUGAAUGCAAAAAGAGAAGAAACAAAAGCAAUGGAAAGCCAAAGAGCAUAUCGAUUUGUGCAAGGCAAGGACUGGGGUUUUAAGAAAUUUAUCCGAAGAGAUUUUUUACUAGAUGAAGCUAAUGGUCUUCUACCAGAUGACAAGCUUACAUUAUUUUGUGAGGUAAGCGUGGUCCAAGACUCAGUAAAUAUAUCAGGACAGUCUAAUACAAACACUUUGAAGGUACCUGAAUGUCGACUAGCAGAAGAUUUAGGGAAUCUCUGGGAAACAACAAGAUUUACAGAUUGCAGUUUUUAUGUAGGAGGACAAGAAUUCAAAGCUCAUAAAUCUGUCCUUGCAGCACGAUCUCCGGUUUUUAAUGCAAUGUUUGAGCAUGAAAUGGAGGAAAGCAAAAAGAAUCGUGUAGAAAUAAAUGAUGUAGACCCUGAAGUUUUUAAAGAAAUGAUGAGAUUCAUUUACACAGGAAAAGCACCAAACCUUGAAAAAAUGGCUGACAAUUUGUUGGCAGCUGCAGACAAAUAUGCACUGGAACGGCUGAAGGUCAUGUGUGAGGAAGCACUGUGUAGUAACCUCUCGGUAGAAAAUGUUGCUGACAUUCUUAUCCUCGCAGAUUUGCACAGCGCUGAACAGUUAAAAGCACAAGCAAUAGACUUUAUUAACAGGUGCAGUGUUCUUAGACAACUUGGGUGUAAAGAUGGGAAAAACUGGAAUAGCAACCAAGCAACAGACAUAAUGGAAACAGCAGGUUGGAAGUCCAUGAUCCACUCCCACCCUCACUUAGUAGCAGAGGCCUUUCGCGCACUAGCAUCUGCACAGUGUCCACAGUUUGGCAUUCCACGCAAACGGCUAAAACAGUCAUGAAAUCUUCCAUGAACUUUAGAGAAAUUGAAUUGACUCUACUCCUCCAUGUCCAGAGGUGUUUUCACAAACCAUAACAAGAGUUUUUGUUAUCCUUGUCCACAGAACAGAAGCUGAAAAAGCCUAUUGUUUGCUUUUCAGAUGGAUAAUUUAUGGUUUAAUCCUCAGCUUUAAAUUAGACUGAUUACUCUAAUUCACUGAAAGGCCUUAAAUUAUCUUCAAUGACUCUCUAGUCCAUAUAGUUUAAUGUAUCUUGAUUUUUUUAUUAUUAUUUUUAAAUGUGCCUUGUCUUUUUGACUAGGCUCUGCAGGAUUGCACUAGCUCCAUAAUGCAGUAAAGUUGAUAACUGAAGAUUAAUUUUUGAAAGGGAUCUUCCAUUAUUUUCAGAAGAAAAGAAAAUGAUUAUAGUUUGGUCCUGUGCUAACUGGAAGGUUUUAACUAGCCUCUCAUUAGAAGCACUUGAACCAGAGGCACAUCAUGUACCCUAGACAAGUGCUAAAUAUAGGGAGAGCCUGUUUACCUUCAGCAGAUGCCUAUAGGCUAUUUAUGGCAAUAUACUGCUUUGAACAUAAUUUAUUUUUCAUUGUGGGGGCAAAUAUGCAAUGGUUUGGCCCAAAAAUGUAUUUUCAUUACAGUUUGUAAUGCUUAUUGUGUGUGUGUGUCAAAGCUGUCCAAAUGGUAAAAAGAAACACAGAAUAAACCUCUUGCUUGUGUUUCUUUAUGGUCCAUCAUUAGUUUACAUUUAAUGCAGAACUGACCGAGAGGUAAAGAGUUCAAUGUGAAAACAGAAUAGUGUUGUGUAUGGAAAAAAUAUAUCCCACGUGUAUGGUUUCAUAGAAAAGUAAAGGAUGCAUAGAAUGACCAAAUGUAAAUUGAAGAAAUGGGCCAAAUGGAUUCUGAAUAUGCACUUUUAACGUGUAACUUUUGUAUGUUGUGUGGUACAUAUAUAUUUUGCUUUUGAUGAUAAUGAGGUACAGGUAAUUGUGGCUUAACUUUUUAGAUACAUUUUAAGAUGCCCACAGCCACAUGGGAUUUAGUUUUGUUAGAAAGAAAGGCAUGUCUUUUUAAGACUCAAUUGAAGGUGGCUAUUGCAAGCUUUCAUAUUUAACUAACAGAAUAUUUUUCGCUUAUUUGAAAAAGGCAUGUGAAUGGUAAAGUUUUGAAGGGAUUUUUUUCCCAUCUUGACGGAUGUGCACAGCUUCCAUUAACACCUAAGGAGGUUAUGUGCACAUCAAGAGGAAUAUUUCCCCAAAAUGUCAGAUGGUAUUUGCAAGCAGAGACUUGCUCAGUCUUGCAUUUCAGUUAUUGUGCUAGCAUUGUGGAUGGUAUUGAAAUUCUGCAUAAUGUGAAAAGGAUGAAACAUUUGUAAACUGCUUGUCAUGGGCCAGUUCCUUAUUAUAUAAAUCUUAGCUUUAAUAUCAACAUCCUCAGUGUUUGAUAGCUUUGUUUACAAUUGGGAGGAAAAUUCUGCAGUAGUGCACACUCUAAAUGUUUCCUGAGUUAUUGCAUUGAGUUUACUGUAAUAGUGAUAAUAUGCUAUAUUUCUUUUCUGGGAAGACUUGGGUUUAGCAGUGGGGAAUGGGAGGAGAUCUCACCUAAUUUAUAAACAUAUUUGCAUAAGGGUUUUAGUUUCCCUAUUAAAAGGAGUUAUGCAGGGAGGAGAGAGGAAGAAUUUCAGAUUUACCAUCUUAAAAAUCUAUCUCCAUCCUCAUUUCAUUAAGAUUCACCUAAAUUUGCGCUGAACAAAAUUUUUAGAGGAAAGAGUGUAUAGUUUUAUACUUUGGCAUCUAGUAAACCAUUAGCAAAGAUAAAUUGGAAAAAACGCCCGGUCCAAGUUUGAAGAAUAAAGUAACCUCUAAAUGUGCAUUUUCUUCUUACCUUCUAACUAAAUCUUUGAUGGAUAAAGUGUAAAAUCAGAAACUUUAAUAGUAUGUAAGGCAUCAAAUUAUAUAUUUACAAAGAUUUAUCCUUUUAUCAAUUUUUAAAUAUUUAUCUAAAAUAAGGUCUCGUAAGCAUUCUUCACAAUAAGAUGUAAAGAUAAUUGUUCCCUCCAAAAUAGUGAUGUUUUUGCUGCACUGUGUAAUGCGUUAGAACUAUAUAUCCUCAUACUUAUCACUGGUAAAACUUGCAGCUCUGACAUACGAAGUGACUUGAAUAUUUAAUGCUGUAAUGAUUGUCCAGUUCAGCUUGUUCUAAAGUAACAACAUACAGUAGUCAAAUGGAAAGCUUAGACUUCCAUGAAAACUUUUCUUUUAGAAGCUUAAUAGCACACUUUGUACCAAAAAAUGUCAGACACUGUGCUGUACUAUUGUCUUCAUCAUAGAGUGUCCACUUCUCAAGUCAGGCAGUGUAUACCAUGCAUUAACAGGAAAAAAACCCCACCAACCCAACAAGAAUGACAAUUGAUUUGUUUAGAUUUGAUUUUAUUUAUUAUGUAUGUUUUCAAGGUUUGUCAGCUCUUAAGAAAAAGGUAAAAUGGUUGCCAUAUUCUUAAGUGAGUGCACUAAUUUAUUCACUGCUUCUAUUCUUUAAUAACUACAUGCAGUGUUCUCACUGGAACAGGAUAGCUGGUAAUUGCAACCUUCUCCUUUGGAUUCAGUAGCUUUUUUUAUUCUCCACAUCUCAAGAGCUUGCCCUUUAAACCUCAGUUGCCAGUUCUAAGUGCAGCAGAUAUAAGACUAUCUCAUACAACGGACAGGUUUUUUUUCAGGCUGAAAUCUUAGCGGGGGUUUCUUAGUUUUCUAUACAGAUUAGGAAUAUAAUGUAUGAAGGUGCCAUGUUUUGGCUUGCCAACACUACUCCCUCAGAUACGUGUGAACCACCGCUUCCAUACUUCUCUGGGGAGAACCCUGCAUGUGUCCUGUGUGUGCGUGCGCGUGUGUAUGACUGUGUGGUGUUUUUUGUCAAGAAUGACUUUGACUUUCUAAAAAUAAGGACUCAAAUUUGCUGUUAAAAUGCUACUAUGUAUUAUAUAUAUAUAUCUUAUUUUUUUUUCCCGUUUGAACCUCUCCUAAGGAGAUACUUUGGGUGGAAGAUGCUUCAAUAAAUCCUUAUCUCCUAGUCCAUUUACUGCAUGCAGAAGUAUGAACACAUUGUGCCUUUUAGGAAACUGUUGUAGUGAUGAAGAGAAGAUUUAACAGGAUACAAGAUCUUUUUAAAAGGGAUUUUUAAAGGUGAAGGAGAAUGCUAUUUGAUACACAGUUGAGAUGGAAAAGUUACAAAUUACCCAUGUGAGCUCUCUUGCAUGUUGAUUCUUGCUUCCUAAAUUCAGUUUCACUGAGGUAAAAACUACACACAAAAUAAGCAUUACAGAUACAAGUUAAGUAAUGGUAUAUUUUUGUGAAAAUGUGAAAAUAUUUGCUGUUACAAAAUAAGUGUAUGUCAAAAUGUGAUAAUCAUGGACACAAAGUUAGUUUUACAAGUUACUCUAGUUCUGAUGUUUUUCUAAACGUUGAGUACUUAGUAUAAAAUUCACCUUUGCACAGAAGGUCAGUAGAAGAUCUACAUGGAGAUUAUGUUCCUUUUAAAUGCUCGUGGUAAGAUUUCUCCCUUGGGAGAAUAAAACUAUGUGCAGUAUUUGAAACUGUGUUUCAUAAAAGACAGUGAAUUGCAAAUGUGAGGUAUUGCUACCUGAAAUAUUGUUGAAUUUUACAGUUGGUUAAAAUUUCUAAGCUUAAUUGAUUUAUUUUUUUGUAAUUGACAAGUGGAAUGUUAACUGUCCUCUUUGUCUGGUGUUGAUAGCAUAUUUAGUGCAGAGUUUAGCUCCUUAGCUAACAAGAUACUGACUUAAUCUCAUAACCUGGCUUCUGCUUACAGUAAAUGGACUACGUUUGUAAAGGGAAUUCACUAUUUCAAGUGUUUUGCAAGGAACUUCACUGUAUUUGUAACCUGGUUUUUGAAGGCUUAAGAUCAAUGAGUCCUAUUUUAGAAAUUAAACCAGUGAAAUAACUUAGACCUGUUUUGGGGUGGAAAUGAUUAAAGAGAAUUCAGAUAUGUAAACAGUUGUAUCAAACCAUCCAGCCUUUUUUAUCAGCUGAUGUUAAUGGUGAAAUACUUUUUGUACCUUGUUGCUGAAAAUAUUUUUGCAUUUCAGCACAUCAAGUUACAAUAAAGUUGUUACUUAUACAGAA